AUGGAACUUCUGCCAUUUGCGACCACGCAGAAGGGAAACGCUUUGUCUCAUUUGUCCCCACCUCUGCCGGACCCACGACACCUUACACCCUCACCACUGUCACUGGCCGACCAUCUUGCCGUCUUGAAGGCUGCCACGGCCUCCUACGGUCUAUUCGCUUCCCUCAUAAGCAGUCACAGGAAGCAGGUGGCACCAUCAUCUCCUCCAGCGCCACCCCCACCACCGUCAGCAUUCUCGAGACCACAGGGGCCGCACCACCGACAGACACCACCCAAACGGCGCUCUGGUCCACCUUUUCGACGUGGAGGUCGGGUCCAGUUGGCCGACGGAAGUCUACAGAAAAUCGAAGCACUGAAGCUCAGCGACUUCCUUCGGACUGCGGCCACAAGCGGCGCAGACUCCCUGCUCUACUGGGCUGAGGUUAAGAGGAUCAGCACAGAGAUCUCAUCGGGAUCUCAGCGCGCUCUAAUGAAAAUUCAAUUUUCUCUCAAUGGCGCCGAUGAGGGCAACGAAUCUGGUGUUGCACCGAGGUUUCUGCCAAUCCCAACGUUUGAGCACAUCUGCUGCAAGGAUCAGCCAUUUUUCGUUCGCUCACUCGGCUGGUCCUCCUUCGAACCCCAACUCACACAGGCGCGAUGCGGUUUGCUCUGUCGUAAGUUGGUUAUCGGCGAUUCGUGCCUCGUUCUGGCUCCGCCUGGUUUGGCUAAAACUUCACUCUGCGCCACCACCACCACCACCUCCUUCUCUCCGGUGUACCCUGUACCAAUCAAAACCGAGGAAGCUCUCUCACAACCCGAUGGACGACCAAGGAAUCGUUUCUUCCAUGUUUCCUAUCAGAAGUCCGAAAGCGACCAACAUCCCAGCUCACUGCCUGCCACCUUCCCACAACAACCUCUGGACCUUAAAAAGGUGCCAAGUACGAACCCACGAGGCGCUGUUCCCAAAUACUUCUCAGCUGCGUCCCUGGCUGAGUCGCCAUUCCAGACAAAGCACUAA